AUAUGCUGCAUCCAUGUGCGUGACCGCGUAGAAACCUCACUCGAACAUUACAAUUUAAUAUUUUUAUUCCACUCGUUGAAAGACAAACAUGAAUAUACAUUUUGUAUAACAUUAAGUCCAAUUGAAUUGAACAAAUUUUAUUUAGUCUUUCGCUUACUCAGUUGCAAAUGCAUAAUUAAUUUUUCUGGAAGACAUCUAUUGGGCAAGAUGGAUAUUGAUGAUGUCCUUGUGACCGUUGGUAUGGGCAGAUAUCAAAUAAUGGGAUGUUUUCUGUUUGGUAUAGUACUCCUGAUGUCCAACGUAUCUCCUGUAGCAUACAUUUUCACUGCUGGCGAUCUGAAAUACAGGUGUCAGGUACCAGGUUGUGAUGACACUUCGGGGCAAACUGAAUUGGUCUACGAACCAGAAUGGUUGAAAUAUACUACACCUUAUAGAGAACAAAAUAGUCAUCCUUAUAAAUGUCGCCGAUAUAGUAGGGUUAGUUAUGAAAAUGAAACGGAAGGAAAUCAGUGUAUUCCAUCAAAUUAUGACCAAAAUUCUAUGGAAUCAUGUCGCAAUGGCAAUUGGGUUUUCCAAGACUAUGAAAACACUAUAGGGACAGAGUUUGGGUUGAUGUGCGAAGACAACAAAUGGAAACUAUCUAUGGUAGGAACACUAAACAACUUUGGACAAUUUGUAGGUCUACCUCUAUCGGGUGUAAUUGCAGACAAAUAUGGCCGCAAGUUUUCUAUGAUAUUUGGUAUUGUCAUGACUUGUGUUUUAAGUUUUGCCCAAUCAUUUUCUGUGAAUUAUACAAUGUUUCUAAUUCUAGAAUUUUUAUCUUCUUUACUAUCAAGUGGAAUAUAUUCCAUAACUUUUGUGUUGGCUAUGGAGUUGGUUUUGCCAAAACAAAGAGUAUUAUUUUAUUCUAUAUUGGAGUUAUUUUUUCCAUUUGGAGGAAUCUUACUAGCAUUUGUCGCCAAACAAGUCAAAGAUUGGAGACUACUGUUACGAAUUUGUAAUAUUCCUGGGUUACUCUUUUUAUCUUACUUUUGGUUAACCGAAGAAUCUAUGAGAUGGCUUGAUACGCAGGGCAAAAAAGAUCAGGUCGUGAAAAUUCUCAAAAAAAUUGCAAAAUUCAAUAAUAAACCUUUACCUGAUCUUACUGAUUUGCAACUAGAGAGUACAAAUUACAAAAAUGACGUCGAUUCAAAGUCUAGUAUACUAAAAGAUAUAAUUCGCUCUCCAACGAUUUUAUUUAGAACUGUUCGGUGUUCUAUCGUCUGGAUAGGAAUAACUCUUGUUUAUUAUGGAUUGUCAAUAAAUGCAACUGACAUUGCCGGGGACAAGUACAUUAAUUUUAUGCUCGUGACAUUUAUAGAAUUACCUGCAUGUUUAAUUUAUUGGCUUGUUACUGAAGGAAUGACUAGGAAAAUGUCAUUGGCUACUACGUGUUUGCUAAGUGGAGUUACCUGUGUAUUAUACAAUAUGACUCCAGUUGAUUACGUGGGAGUGAAGUUAUCCAUUUUUUUGAUCAGUAAAUUGGCUAUUUCAGUAGCAUUUAGUGUUGUAUAUAUGUUAACAGUGGAAAUAUUUCCUACGAAUAUGCGAGCUAUUCUUUUGUCAUUGUGCUCAAUGCUUGGACGAUUCGGUUCCAUGUUGGCACCCCAAACUACACUUUUAGCGGAAUAUUACGGAGAAUGUGUGACUAUGUUAUUGUUUGGAGUGACAUCGUUUAUAGCAGCUGCUAUCACCAUGACAUUACCAGAGAGUAAGAAUAUAAAAUUGCCUAACACUGUUGAUCAAGCAGAACAGAUUGGCCAAUCAAUGAAAUCAGAAGAAAUUGUAGAGUAAAAAUAAGAACGGAAUGAAAGUUUAAUCUCAGUAUUUUAUUAUAUGCGGACAAGAAUGAUUUUGAUUAAUUAUAAGCUAUCAAGUGGCAAUAAUUUUAUAAUUUAAUACUUCUUAUAACAUUGUCCACUUUCAUACUUAAUAAUUAUCAUAAUUAAAUUUUGUGUAAGUUUUUGUAUCAAGUUAUUUUGUAAACAAUAUUUAAAUAAUAUGAUUCUAAUACUCUUCAAAUACGAGUCAAUUUUUAAGCUAUUUCAUCAAGACCAAUAAAAUCAUCAAAUCAACGACUGUUUGCUUCAGUUGUAUUUGUUUCAACCAUUAACAACUUAAAUUUUUUAAAUAAUUUUAAAGUAAAUUUGUUGUAAAUACAUUAAAAUUGUACUGGCAAAAUAAAUUACUUAUAUGAAUAUAAAA